AUGAUAGUUUUUGUCUUCCUGCUUCUGGGUUACAUCAUCAUCCUGGGAGGAAACAGCAUGAUCAUCUUUGUGGUGCUGACUGAUUCAAAGCUCAACUCUCCCAUGUAUUUCUUCCUCUCCAACCUCUCCUUCGUGGACAUCCUCUUCACCACCACCACCAUCCCCAAAAUGCUGUCGGGCCUCCUGACAGACAUGAAUACCAUUUCCGUCCCAGGCUGCUUCCUCCAGAUGCAUUUCUUCGUUCAGCUAGGUGUAACUGACUGUGCCAUCCUGACUGUCAUGGCGUACGACCGCUACGUGGCCAUCUGCAACCCUCUGCGCUACACGGCGGUCAUGACUCGGCCCGUCCGGCUGCUCCUUAUCGCAGGAGCCUGGAGCCUUGGCUUCUCCAUGCUAGCAGCUACCUCCAUGACCUGGCAGCGGCUUUACUGCGGCCCCAGUGUGGUGAGGAAUGGCUGGUGUGACCUGUCUUCUGUACGGCAGCUGGUGUGUGGUAACACCACCAUAGAUAACAUCGUGUCCAUUUCCUUCGCCAUACUGGCGCUACUGACCACAGGAGUCCUCAUCCUCACCUCCUACAUCCUGAUUGGUGUUUCCAUAUCGAGGAUGGGUGUCGCUCAAAGGCUAAAGGCCUUCAGGACGUGUGCUGCUCACCUGACUGUGGUGUCCAUCUCUUACAGCUCGGCCUCGUUUGUGUUCAUCUCCUACAGGGUGGGAAAGUUUUCACCUGAGGACCGUAUCAUUGUGUCUGUGCUGUUCUCCGCUCUGACUCCUUUCCUAAACCCGAUGAUCUACAGUCUGAGGAACAAGGAGCUGCGAGAGUCCAUCAGGAGGACUCUGAGCAGGUUCAGAUCUGCUGCUGUGUUACCCACAAAGGACGUCAACACAGUGUUCUGACUGGGAGAGGAAAGCUGCCGCUCUGCUCACCACACACCCACAAACUGGAG